AUGCCAAAUAUUGAACAAAUGAUGGAACAAAUUUCGAAAAACCCCAAAACAAUGGCUCUAGUUGAAGCAAUAAAAAAAAAUCCCAAAAUUCUCAUGGCUGUACAAGACUUCGUUACGACUUUGGCUAAGAAAGGAUAUAUUGAUUUGUCGAAUCCAACUAAACAACCAAGUAUAGCAAUGUUAGCUGAUAGUGAAAUUCGUUCAAAAUUAUUUUUACUGGUCAAAAUGCUUACCCAGGAGGGGGUUUUAAAUUUUAAAGAUGGAACUAACCAAACAGACGCCGUUUCAAAUAUAAUGGGACUGCUCAUGCCGCCUGUAGCUAAAGAAGACUCAAAACAGAAUGCUACUUAUACUCAUACGGUUACAGAAACAAAGGAUGACCAUUCAGAGAAAGAUACGGUUGUAGCAUGGAGUGAUAAACUAAAAAAAAUGUUCAAAUCCUAG